ACGGAGUGAAAGAUAAAAAUCAGAAUAAAUUUUGGAUGGCCGUUGUAUGUGUAUUAAAAAUACCUGAUAUUCGACAAUUCGUUAAAAGUAUUCCAAAUAUUCGAUUCGAUAAAAAUAUUCUAUUUAUUUCACCCUUGCGAUCGGUAAUCAUGCCAGUAAUCUGGCAUGGUAGCAUAAACACUGAUGCACUAUUUCACGAAAGCGUGGUAGAAUUGACGAUUAUUUCAUAUCUCGAACACAGAAACGGUUAUUUUUUGGAUAGCUUCUGCGGUCUGAAAAGUCGAAUGAACGUAUCGACAUAGUAAAUGCUACGAUCUUUGCCAUCAAAUUAUGCUCGGGCCUUGCACAAAAUUCAUGACGUGGAAAGAUUCGUCCAUCGAUAAAAAUAAUUGAUAACAACUUUAAACCUAUUUAGUGUUUUUAGCGAUCAUAAAUAAUUGUUGUCAUGAAAUACGGUUUGUUACGGCUUUCAUAUCUCUCGCAAGUGCCGACAAUAACACUAUUGAAUGCUUUUGGCAAUGGGAGAAACCUAUUCAAUUGUAACAAAAAUGAAAUAGGUUGUGCAAGAGUGAAAAUACUUGUGAUAAUAAUAAGGCGUAACGUGGAACGGGAAAGGGCGAGAAAAACCAAAGCGUAUUAGCGUCACGUAUUACCCGUGCAGCCACACAUCUUUUACAAUAAUGUGAGGUGCUCCAAAAGUUGGUCUCGUGUACAUUAUUGUAAGAAAACAGGUAUAAUAUUGGUAACUAUUAACCAUCCAUUUCAAAUACAGGGUAUGUCGUAUUAACAAGAAUAGAAUUUCUCUCGUCUGAUCUUCUAUGUUUUUUUUUAAUAUUUCAUAGCUAAAUGGCUUCAAGAGUAGGAUAUGUUCCUAUUUUGUGAUAGAUGUGCCGCGAAUAUUCAAAUAGCUCAAUAGUGUGCCGCGACAUAAAAAGGUUGGGAACCGCUGCUCUAACGUAACUAUAGACCGGACGUGCUGCAUGUUUGCAUUUUGAGUGGAAAAAAGCAAGUACGAGGAGAACUGAAACCAAACUAAAUAAAACCUCCAAAAUAAUUUUGCCAUUUACAGAAAGGACGGGAAAACAAAUAGUAUAUAAACAGCUACAUGAACAUUUGCAACAAUGUUAACACACUCUAAAAUAUGGAUGAAUCGGAUAGGGGGGUUUCUUGUUGGCGUCGCCAUCUCCAUAAUUAUCACUACCUACAAUUGGCCUUUGAGUAACAUUACUACUUCUAAGUACAGCAUCGAACAAUUCGGGUCCGGGACAACAGCAAUAAGGCCACUCGGGCUCCGGCCUACGGCAAUUAGACCAACAUUGAGAGGGAAACAAUCAUUCACCAGCGAAACUUAUACGAAUAACAAUAUUACUGAAAACAAGGCUAUAGAUUCAACAACAUCUACAACACAUAUGGUAACAACGCAAGCACGGCGAGAAAAAAUCACCCUGAACACAGCAUAUCUGGAUGCUAUUCUGAAGCAGAAAUUGCUGGAAGCCACAGAAAAAAAGAUUAUUGUUAUGUGGUACGGAAUGAUACAAUGGGGCCAAUUGAAUGCCGCAGAAUGUGGAAACUGUGAAAUAACAUACAACAGAUCAAGGCUAUCAGACGAUCAAACAGGAGCUGCUGUUUUUUAUUUUGAGGGAAUUUCACCACAAACGAUGCCACCACUUGCAGAGAGAAAUCCAAAGCAUAUUUAUGUGUUCUGGAGUUUGGAAUCUCCUUCUACCGUUCUUUACCGAUAUCAUCGACCCCUUUUUUAUGAGGAUAAAUACGAAUUUAAUGCAUCUUUAACACAUAGACGAGAUUCCGACUUUUACAACAAAUUUUAUAUCGAUUGGGAUAUCGGAUAUGUAAUGAAUCAAAGAAGAAAUAAAUCCCCGUUAGAAUUACUAAAGAAAAAAAAUAGAACUGCUGUCAUUGUGAUAUCAGACUGCGACGUUAAUUCUGUUGCAAAACAUCGAAUGGAUAUUGUCAACCAAAUAAAGAAUAUGGGAUACAAAUUGGAAGGCUACGGGAAAUGCUUUCCUGAAAGCGGGAUCUUUGCUGAUGGCGCUGGAAGAGGAAAUGACAAAUUCUUCAAGGAAAUUCGAAAGUACAAGUUUUAUUUUUCAUUGGAAAAUUCCUAUCACUGUAAAGAUUAUAUAACAGAAAAGUUUUUCAAGAAUGCAUUAUGGUCCUUUACUGUUCCCGUCGUUUGGGGAGCAACGAAAGAAGAUUAUUUAGCGUUUGCACCCAACGGAUCAUUCAUUCACGCUGAAGAUUUCAAUUCAUGGAAAGACCUUGUUGAUUAUUUGAAUUAUUUGGAUAAAAAUGACACAGCAUAUCUGGAAUAUUUUAGUUGGCAUCAGAUGGAUAUAAAUAAAGCUCCUAAACACAAGGGAGUUGACGGAAUUUGUCAUCUCUGCAGAGCUUUACACGGAAUAAAUCACGAUGAUAUAUAUAAUAAUAAUUUCGAUCCAGCAAAUCAUCCAAGACCUUUAUUUGACGACAAAGUGUCUCCUCGACCAGCAAUCUCACUCAGAGAUUGGUUUUAUAAUAAAGACAAUCAAGAAUGCUUUGAUAAAUAUUAUUGAAUGUAAAUGUAUUUCUUUGCGUAUAGUGAAUUCCGUCGAAGAGACCCUCCCCGAAAACUCUAUGUGGAAUAAAGCUGAAAAAAGCAAUCAAAAAGACGUUUGUAGUUCAUUGCAAAUAGUUCAAUUAUUCUAGAUGAACGGUAACUAAUGAUCCAGUUACAAUGUGCCGUUAUAAUUUGGACCACUAUAAAAUAAAAACAUUCAACUUUCAAAUUAUUGCUAGAUUCUACAUGUUAUGCACUUGCCUCGAAGUUGUUACCGGUACCACUUUUUGUGUCUGAACCCAAAUAUAUGAAUAAUUUUUGUCUUUCCACUAGUGCAGUGGUCGGUUCUGUCUUGUUACUUGAUGAACUAUUUAUUUAUACCAAUACGUAGUAAUCAUGAUGUACACAAUACUAAGAAAUUCUGUCUUUGAUGUGACUUAAACUAGUAUAUACAUAAACGUUCGCCUAUGGUA